UGAAUCACUGUUUUUCUUUCCUAAUGUUCAUCUCAAGCUGGCUUCGACAUCUGGUUAUCGUGGUUCUUUCUCCUCCUUUUCUAUCGCUUGCUUUCCAUAUUCCACUUUGACUUUAUUUAGUAUUGGCUUAAGGCUGUUGGUUCAACCGACUAUAAGAAGUUCCAGAAGGGGUCCCGGCUCGGGGGCGGGGGUAUCUUACCUCUUUUCCUCUGCGUUCGUGACAAGCUAGUAGGCACUCUUGUGUGGGUUGGCUCAUUCCCCCGGAAAACGAAUAUUAAGAAGAUAGAUACCAUUCCGUCGAUACUAGAUUCAUUCUUUCCGCGAGGGCCUCUGCUUCUCUCUGUUCGGUGGGAGAGUAUGGUAGUUGUCCUUCAGCAUCUCUCUCAGGCUCAAUGCCAUUGCUCGAUAUGAUGCGAAAGUCAAUUCUAUACCAACGGCAUCGUAUAACAAUAGCUCUUGUCUAGGGAAAUGCAAAAAGUAUGAGGCCAUAACAUCCGUACCAACACCGACGAACUGACCCGGUUAAAGAACAACCGCGUGCUCAAUUCUUAGUUCUGCUCUUUAGCCAAAAGGGUAACGGAAUAAUUGCGCUGUCUAUAGGUGGAGAUGAGCUGACUCAAACGAAUGGUCAUGCCAAUGACAAAAAGGACAUCCACACUGAAGCUUAUUACUCGAUUACUGUUAGACCCAUGUUGUAUGCCCUCAUUAGGAGCCCGCAAGCCACUCCUACCUCGCGGGUGAUGCAUUCCCUUCUCCAGGUACUAAAAGUGAUAAAUAGGCUCGAUUCUCAUAAGAAACAUGCCACUGAAACCAAAGGAAGUACAUAUAUCUUCUUAGACGGAAGGGAGGGACUAGGGCAAGAUAGCUUUAUCACAGACAGGGCUGCAUCGACCAAUCGCUUUUCAUUGAGAAUAGGAACGAACAGCUUUCGUAGACCUAGCUUUCGUACUGAUCUUUUGGAUUCGCCGGCCUGCCUAGCCUAGGUUGUUGUAUACUCAACUUGAGUUGGUUUUGUCCCUUCGCUCGGAAGAGGUGGCGUCAAUGCCGCUCCCAAAGAAUGUUGAGUCCAUUUUGAUCCCAAGAAAUGCGUAUAGCAAAGUGAAAUAGUUGAUGCGAUGUGCCCGUUUUCUUUCGAUAGACCAAUGUCAUCCGCAAUAGUGCCUACCAAUAGUGGAGCCGUGGAAGAACAGAACAGACAUUCAAAGCAACCGAUCAGAAGAUAAGUAUGAAUUGGGACAAAAAGUAUGACUUUUCCCAGGAUCAAACUUUUUUAAAAAGAUACCCCGCGAAAAUAGGCAUUUACAAAGGGAAUGAUAAAAAGUAAGGUUUUCCACAUGGUGAGAUGAACUUUUUCCCGAUUUUUCGACGAAAAACAGCCAUUUAUAUAUAUAUAAACACCAUUCUAUCCAGCAUGGGACAAAAGUACAGACUUGUCAUCUCCCUUAGGAAAUGAGCAAAAUCUGCUCCAUUUUAAAAAACUUUCUAUCCAGCAUGGGGCAACUUGGUACUUUUUUUCGUUGCUAAGGGAAAUUGCCCUUUUUCAUGGUCAAUUUUCCGAUCACUUCAAGCCAGCUAGGGCGAAAAGUAAAGCAAAAUGGAUUGCUAAGGGGAAUUGGCAUUUUUCAGCCUCCUUUUAAAAACAAAGUGGAAGCCAGCUACAGCGAAAACCUUACUUUUUUUUGUUUCUAAGGGUGGGUCAAUAAAGUGAAAACUUCUGUCUCAUAUAGCUGCAAAACCUCAUAUUUUACAGAUCGAAUUGAUCAACGGAAAGGCGGCUAAACCUAUUCUUGAUACUUGUUCUGACCGCAUAACGAAAGUGCAUGAAAUCGAAUCAAUGGCUUCAGAUCGAUAGGAAUACAGAUUGUAAUUAAAGAAAUGAAGCCAUCUUUCCUCGCCCCCGGAAGGCGCCUGCUCUUUAGUUGAGUAUGAAAAGUGCCCCGCGAAGGAACAAAACCAACUCAAGUCAACCGUCCCGUCGAUUCGAUCUGAAGUAUGAAUUGGCCGAAGCAGAUACCAAGGCUUCAUUGAACAGAGGACUAGAUGAGAUGAGGCCGGCCUAUCCACACUGUAAGUAACGGCAAGUGCUAAUGCCUCUGAGCUUGACCUGGAAAAACCCCUUUUGUGAACUUGAAAACCGACAUGGUCAAAGCACGGAAAGGAAAGUAUUGGAAAAGCUAAGCUACAUCAACAUAGGUUCUAUUCUGCUACCUUCACUUCUGACUUCACUCCCACCUAUUGAUAUUGAUCUUACCUUACCUCGAGAAGUUAUUCGUUUAGGUCUCGAUUACCAAUUGAUACUAGUGUUUAUCUAGUCCAACUUGAAUGAAGGAAGAGGUUCACUACUGACUGAACUGAAAUACGCCAGAAAAUCGAUUUGUCCAAAGCUGAAGGAAAAGGAGAUCCAAGUAGAAUCCCAAUGGGCCGCAGAUCAUAUGAGGGGAGGCCUGUGGCUGAUUGUACAAGAAGGAUAUGAGAAAUCAUAAAAAGGGGGGUCAGCGAUUUCAAGCUUGGGCGGUUUUCCGACAUCUUCCUCGGGCUUUGGAAGAACAUAGUAUCUCUCGUUUCGUGCUGAUCUGGCCAAUAUAGAAGGAGAAGGUCAGUUAAGCAAAGCAGGUGUGAGCCUUCUCUUGUAAAAGGCACCGUAGCCUUAUCCGCACUGUGUAGAAGCAUCCUGCCUUUCCUUAAACCUGAUAUAAUGCUUUUUCCUUGUCCAGAACUAGCUUGUUUCACUAGAUGAGGGAAAAGCGGGAUACCAAUUAUGUUGGGCUGACUUCGAGAACUUCACUUUUUCUAUUUUCUAGAAAGGUUUGAACGUGGCACUAAACCCUCGAUGUCAACUAAAGAAAAUAGUUCAAGACAGUAGAGCACUGAGGUUCAGCAUUUCGUUUAGUGAAUGCGGAGAUAAAGGCAGCUACUAUUGAUGCAAUGCAAUUGGACCGCUGGGUAAUGCAAGGGAAGAAUGUUCUCAUAUCCAUGCCCCAUAUUGAUUUUUUUAUAGAAUCAAGCCACUUCUAUCGCUUCUCCUAAUCUAUAUCGGGGUUGGCCACUGCUCAAACAAAGGGACCAAACAGAAGAGUCCCCAACCCCGAGUUGGCUCCUCUUCUCAAUAAUAAAGAGGAGAUACAACACUCUAAAGCCAAGAUGCACUAAUAGCCAAUCAAGACACUGAAGCACUAAGCACUAAUGGCCAAUAGUAUAGUAUCUUUGUUUGGAUGACUUCCCUCCUACCACUGAUAAGCUGAGGUUGAAGAGACAGUUGUGGGUACGAGAUCCUAUGGCGGUAAAGGAGACCUUUCAAAUACAAUAAAUGCUCAAUGUACCAGCACAGGGUCAAAGAAGCCUGCUAGGUGCCAUAGGAUGUGCCGAAAUGCCUACCUCUAUGGUUUGCGUAUAACGUGAAUAGCUCCUGUCUGUUGUUUAAAAAGAACAAAAGCACGAGGUAGGGGAGGUUCAGCCGUCAGAUAUCAGAUCUCCCAUCAAUGGCACGCAGGAACCUUCAUCAAGCUGCCCCACCAAAAUCCUUCCAAAGAUAUUGACACUGCCUGAUGCUCAUGACCAACAAUACUAUGUAGGGAUGACACUUGUUGAAUGGUGAUGCCUGGGCUGAAUAAGCAGCUGCAAGGAUUUCUCCCAGAAAGUUGUUUUAAUAUUGACCCACUGAGAGAGAAGCAUGUUCCUGAGCAUCCAUAACCUCGGAAUUGAUCUUCUCUUUCCCUUUCUUUUCUGCUCCCGUGCUUAGAUCGAACAAUAUUGCGAAAUCAGUGAUACGAAAAAUCCUCUUCCAUUCUUUCGGGCUGCAGGCAACUUAGAGAAGAAAACAGGCUUACAUCUCCAAGCCACACUAGGUAGGGCAAGGAAUAGUCCCUAUCACAAGACCAAGCGGAUCUCAUCCUGCAGAAGACUCAGAGCGGAUCUAUCUAAUGGCAUGGCUGGCUGUCGGAUGUGAUCUAUUCUCGUGUCACAUCGCUUUCUUUCUUCUCCCUCCAUUUUCUUCACUACUACCGCUUCUACACAUAAAUCAAAGAAGCAUUGUGGAAUAGUGGCAUUUCGUUAAUGGCUAAAAUGUUCUUAGUGAAAGGGUUGCCGCAAAACCGGCAAACUCAGAGCGGUCUCUGAAAGUGAAUAGGAGCAUAGCGGCAUCAUCCAAGCCAAACACGUCUCCUCAGUCAAGGGUCUUCUCGCGCAAAGAAGAUCAAAAACAUAACAACUGAUUUCGCUUAAUGCAUGUCACCCGCCCGCUCUCAAUACAGCAAGUGACUCUCUCUCACAAGACAGAGAAAGAUUACCGAUUCAUCCAAUCCAAUUUGAUCAGAAGUGAGUUCAUUGUUGUUGUAUAGCGAAACCUUUCCUUGACAAAACCAUUCUCAGCUAAUAGAAGCCGAGCUAUCUAUCCAGAUCAGGGUUGAACGAAGCGAAUGGAAAAGCCAAAGAAAACAUAAAUCCAUUGCGAUUAGAAACCAGUGACUCUACAGCCAGGGCUCGAUGGCGAUGUAAGAUAGAAAGAAUGGGGAGUUAGGGCUUCGGUUUCCUCUGUAGCCAGUUUCAAUUCCAAAUCAUUUGCCGACAUGCGGACUCACUUCUCUUUUAUGGGAUGACUUUUAUUAUCCAAGUUGUCUAUUUACGUGGGUGAAUCAAGUACAACAAGUCAGGUCAGAGCUUGUGGUAGAAGAUUGGGCUCUGCUACGCAGAUCCACUCAACUAGGAAAGAAGUACGCAUUGCUGACUGACUGUUUGAACGAUCCUAGUUACUAGUAGCUAAUCAAGUCAGAGUAGGGUGGCCGAGAAGCUUCUUGCCGGUGCCCCCAAAAGCAAAGCACAGACUCUACUCACCCACGCGUUUUCCACCUACGGAGGGAGAAAUCAUCGAAAUAUCCUCAUCCCCUGAAAGGGAACCCGAAAACAGGACGAGAGUGGAUAGGGUGACUAAGGAGGCCGUAAAAAUUAGUAGUGCAUUUUUGAAAGAUAAGAUUACAAAAAGGCGAGAGCAGCAUAAUUGUUAGUUAGGGGUAAGAGGGGACGGGCCCGUAUAGAAAGUAAAUCCUUCUUUUUCCGAUAUGCCGCUCCGCAAGCAAGGAGUGCCACGCACGAGCGGAGCGAAAACUAAGCAAGGGGAAUUCCGUCAUUCCAUGGAAAGCAUGCGAAAUCCUUUGAUUGUUUAUAGAAUCAAAAUAACUAUAUAGUCUUUCUUGUUCCACUUGCAAGGCAAGGAAAAUAAAAUGUCAGUUUCGUUAUUACAACCUUAUUUUUUUAUGUCAAAGACAAAAAGCUACGCGCAAAUUCUCAUUGGAUCUCGGUUGUUCUUAACAGCGAUGGCUAUUCAUUUAAGUCUUCGGGUAGCACCACCAGAUCUUCAACAAGGUGGAAAUUCUCGUAUUUCGUAUGUACAUGUUCCUGCGGCUCGGAUGAGUAUAGUUAUUUAUAUCGCGACAGCUAUAAACAGUUCCUUGUUCCCAUUAACAAAACAUCCCCUUUUUCUUCGCUCUUCCGGAACCGGUACAGAAAUUGGUGCUUUUUCUACUUUGUUUACGUUAGUGACUGGGGGGUUUCGGGGAAGGCCUAUGUGGGGUACCUUUCGGGUGUGGGAUGCUCGUUUAACUUCUGUAUUCAUCUUGUUCCUUAUUUACCUGGGUGCACUGCGUUUUCAAAAGCUUCCUGUCGAACCGGCUCCUAUUUCAAUCCGUGCUGGACCGAUCGAUAUACCAAUAAUAAAGUCUCCAGUCAACUGGUGGAAUACAUCGCAUCAACCUGGGAGCAUUAGCCGAUCUGGUACAUCAAUACAUGUUCCUAUGCCCAUUCCAAUCUUGUCUAACUUUGCUAACUUCCCCUUCUCUACCCGUAUCUUGUUCGUUCUGGAAACACGUCUUCCUAUUCCAUCUUUUCCCGAAUCUCCCUUAACGGAAGAAAUAGAAGCUCGAGAAGGAAUACCACUAAAAACCUAGUUCGCUCUCAAAUAAAAACCUAGUUCACUCGCUAAAGCAUCCAUGGCUGAAUGGUGAAAGCGCCCACCAACCUAGAAAGGCAAAAUGGGUCAAAAAGUAGGUUCGAUUCCUGCCGGAUGCACUGCCUCUUAAAGACAGAAACAGAGGAGGGAAAGAAGGUAGUAUAGGGAACUUGCUUUUGGAUUCUUAUCGAAAGUGAAUCCCUCUAACACUUCUGUUAGUGUUUUAUGAGAAAAUCUUUUAUAGACACAACAAGUGUGAAAAUCCUUAGUCACUAGGCAAGAAAGCUCGAUGGGAACAAAAAGGAUACAAUUAGUUCAGAAUCAAAAAAAUGUACAAUUUCAAAGGAAAGAAGGAAUGGCAAGUUUCCCUCCAUUGAACAUCAAUCAAUCUAGAAAUAGGUAAAGGAAGGCGUAUCACAGGGGUAUUUUUCUUUUUUCUAUUCACUUCCGUGGGGUUCUAAAUUGAAAACAUGAACACAAACGAAAUCGUAUUGAAAUUACAUAAAAAAAGAAAAGGGAGGAGUAGCUCUUGGUUUAAAGAAAAGGGAGGAGAUGGAUCGAAUUCAGUCUUUUUCCUUUCUUUGAUGAUCUUCAACACAUCUAUUUGAAUUCCCUGCGAGUGAAGGAUUUCUCGUAUGGAGAAAAACCUCUUGAGCGCUAUCUGAUCUUAUUUUUGUAUUUCAAAUAUGGGACCUGCCUUUUUAAUGGGACAUCCCGGCAACAGGCCUACUCAUGCAUGUGGCCAAGUACUCGACCAAUCCUCGGAGCGAAGGGAUGAACGAAUUCUCGAGGUCUGGUUCAUUGAGGUCAGCAUCACAUGAAACCUUUAGCACUUCCGUUCGAUAUUGGAUGGAGUAUGGCUGGAAGGUCAGCCUAGCUAGUCUUGUCAAUCGGCCCUGACUCGUCUUCUCCUUGGUACCUACCGCUAUUGAACUUCGGUACCUAUAUUCCUGAAACAAGACAGACCUUCAUGAAGACCUUAUAUUUUGGAAUAAGAUCGGACAUUUCCACAUUGAGGUGAAAUUACAUAUGAGGAAAAUAAUCCUGGACUACGAAAGCUGCCCUUGUGUGGUAGAACCAGGUCUUCCACCGGGCGGUCAGCCAAGUACUGAAGCCCCUAUCUUGAUAUAGAAUAGAAGUGAGUUCACACUAAAAAUAGAAGAAGCCCUAUGAUUUUUUAGCCCUGCUAUCAAUCACUUCGGUAAAGGGAUCGAAAGAUUAUGGUCUGAAAUAGAGAUUUGAGAGUCCCUCGUGUGAGUACGUGCUGAAGAGCAAGGAGUGAAAGUGCGUUCAUCUUUCUUUCUGCUAGUUGUUUCCUGCUAAUAGUGAUUAGUGAGUGCCCCAUACAUAGCCAAUGUCCGCCCGUGUUCACAUCCAGUCUUCUCUGUACACUAGUGCAGCUUCCAGCUCUAUGCUAUGUAUGGUAGUCGUUUGACUCGGGAAUCCCUGAUAAAAGCUUUUAGUCCGUGCCUGGCAGUUUCAGCCGUGGUCCAGUCCAGCAGCCUCUUUUCGAUCCAAGAGUCGCAUGAGAAGAAAGCUUCCGGUUAGCUUCAGUUAGUGUUAGUUAAAUAGAACGGGAACCUCGUAACUAUGCCAAGCCCGAUCUUGGUUCCAAUGCUGCAGAGAAAGGUUAUGGGUAAAAAGAAGGUCUUUAUCCUGGUGCUGCGGAGACCGGUGUUGCUGAUCGAACUCAUUUUCUUUCGAGGAGAUCGAAAAUCUCUGAAUUUCUGCGAAACGAAUUUACAUAUUUAUUGCGAGGGGCUUUGAAAAGCGAAAGGAUGAAGACUGAUUUAGAUCCUCUGAAAGCGCAGGAAGUAUGCCUUUUGAGCUUUUUCUCCACCCACCUCUGAGCAUCCUGUUGGAAUGGUCCUAGGAAAGACUACGUACGAGAAAUCAUUCUCACAGCCAACUUUCCUUCUUCUGAGCAAAUAAAUGUAGUAUUUAGUCCAACCAAUCAUUGGUGAAUCUAUGUCUUUCGUGAAAAGUGGAGUAUUUGUGCCCAAGAUCUUUCUAUUCCCUUUAGUAGGUGCACACAUCUCGUAUGGUAAAUAUACCUUUGUGCCCUAUAAGGUAAGAUUGAUUGACGGAGUCAAGAGAUGGAGAUCUUGGUUUAGCAGCGGCUGCCUGUCCUUUUCUUUCGUGAAAGGUAUGAUCUAGAGUGUGAUUCUGAUCCCGUGAUUGGGUGCUUGGCGUAGAAUGAGUGGAGCAUACUAGGAAUGCCGAAUGCUCGCUCAGUGAGGGAGCUCUGUUGGAGAAGAGUGGGACUAGAAAGAGGGAAUACCCAUGUCAGGCCAUGUAAGGCCAAUAGUUGAGGUACCUGGAUCCAGACAAAACUCCAAACAUGUAAGAAUCUACCUUGAAGCAAGGUUUCUACUGGUUAAUGCGUUCCACCCUAUUGAUGACAGCUAAUGUUACUAAAAGCUUAGAUGAAGAAAGAGCUUCUGAGCGAAGGCUUGUUGGCUUUGGUUGUUGGCGUGGAUUAUCUUGUUAAGCUCUGCAGAGAUGGUGAGCGUGAAGAAAGGACACUACCAUCAAAGAAAGACAGCUCUCAAAUGGAUUUGCUGGUCUAUGAUGACCAAGUAGAAGCAUCCGUUCCACAUAGGUGAUUUUUAUAGAAGCAUAGGCGCAAGCUCUUCUCAAAAGAAUUUCGUUUAUAGGAUUCAGUCGUCCGUUUGUUUUGUUUUGAAUUGACAUAGAGAAAUCUUUCUCGCGUUCCCUUAAUUCAGGAAUAGGUGGCGAAGGCUACUUGUUCCUUGUAUAUAUAUAUAAAGGAAAGGGGUUAUUUUUCCUUUACGGCAAUAAGAGUUGAUUCCCUUGCUUGUAGUUUUGGAUCGAUUCCGUGUAUUUCACAUAUUUAAGAGUGGUUAGGAGAGAGAAUCAAUGUUUAGUAGUAGGCCCGGUUCACCAGGUUCUACCACUGUUCGGCCCAA